UAGCGUAUGAGGGGGCGUGGCUUGUAAAUGGGUGGAAAAAGAAAAUCGCCCUAUAACUAUGUUGCCUCGCAACGCGAGAUGCUAAGAAAGACUAGACCCGCCGUUACUUUCAUCUGAUCUGGAUGGUAUAAUGUUUUUAUGUCGCCCUCUUGUUCAUAUUAACAAAUACUGUGAACAUUUCAUGAGAUAUACGGCGUGUAUGAUCUACCAGCCAAUCCUAGUGCGGUAGGCGGGGCUUUGUCUGAAUACGGGUGAAAAACAAAAACCUAACAAUAACGACCUGGGGCCACUGAGCUACCACGCGAGUGAUGACGAACCCGCGAAAAAAAACUCCACAAAAAAGGAGCUCCAAUUCAGUUCGGCUGCAGCGACUCUGCACGAGCGAGCCGGAGAGAACAGGCGCGCGCAGGGAUUUACCUUCUGAUUCUUGGAAAACUGCAGCAAAGUUGGACUCGGGUUCACUCCGGACUCUCGGACUUUGAUGCGUUUCGAUGCCUGUAAAUCUCCGGAUGAGCCCGGUGAAGAUUUUACACCGUGACGCUUUUAAAGUGACUAUUUAAGAGGAACAUUUGACUGUUUUUCUUAGUUAUUCCACAUAUUCCAGUCCGAGGUGUUUUCCAGGCUGUUUGGAGCAGUUGUGUGUGUUUAUCCCGUGUUUUCGGCGCUGCCCUGAGCAGAGCUGAGUAUGAGAGCAGACUGAGCGCUGGUGCUGAAGAUGCGAAUGAAAUCCCGCGGCGCGGUGACCGCUGCACAGCCGGACUUUAUAAACUGUUUAUAAACUGGGCUUGUUAACCGCCUCUCUCCCUCUCUCUCUCUCUCUUUCUCCCUCUCUCUUUCUCUCUGUCUAUCUAUGCGCGAUGGCGCGCGUGCUGCACUGUCUCGUGCUGGGGUGCGUGUCCUGGACCCUGGGCGCGUCCGACGCUCGGGGCGAGUACUGCCACGGCUGGCUGGACACCAGCGGAAACUACCAUGAGGGUUUCCAGUGUCCCGAGCAGCUGGACACGGCGGCCGCGCGCGUGUGCUGCGGGACCUGCGCGCUGAGGUACUGCUGCGCCGCCGCAGGAGCGCGCCUCGACCAGGGCUCGUGCACGAACGACCGCGAGGCGGAAAACAGCGGAUACACAGCACAACCCAUCUACAUGCCUUUUCUGAUGGUGGGCUCCAUCUUCGUGGCGUUUGUGGUGGUUGCCUCUUUAGUGGCCGUGUACUGCUGUACCUGUCUGCGGCCCAAGCAGCCAGCCCAGCAGCCCAUGCGGUUCUCUCUGCGAAGCUGCCAGGGUGAGACCAUCCCUAUGAUCCUGACCCCUGGGGCAGCACCAACCAGCAUGCGCACUCCCUCGCGUCAGUCCAGCACGGCUACCACCAGCUCUAGCAGCGCAGGCGGGGGCAGCUCGCUGCGCCGCUUUUCUCUGGGCAGGGCUGAGCCCGGCCUCCAGCACAACCCACAGCAGCAGAUCCUGCUGGCCUCAUCCUCGUCCUGUAACACGGCUGCGUCCCUGGCCCCAGCCCAGCCAAUGCUGCCACCACCGCCUCCACCACCAUACUUCUCCCCACAGUGCCUACAGACAAGCCUCUCACAUUCACAUUCACACGCACACUCACAUGGCCACGGGCAGCUACAGCAGCACCACCAGGACUCCAGCUUCAUCCUGUCCCAACAGUACUUUUUCCCCCUGCAGCCAGAUCCCUUCAGCGGGAACAAGAACUUUACUGAUUUUGGCCAGAGUUGAACUGGAGCUGGAGUCCAGCACCAGUGAGGACAGAAAAGAGCUGGACACUGGAAUCUCUCUUUCUUUGAGUGCCUGGACUGGAAUAAACUUUUGCAGCCUGUGAUGUCAUUCACUUGUGCAUCAAGCAUGAGGACUUGAACAAAAGCAGUGAUACUAUAUACCACCCACAAGAACUUUCCUUCGUAGCAACUGCUGCAGGUUGGACAAACUUUUUAGAACAUUAACAAAAAUCCUGUUCAACAGAGUGAGAAAAUGUUAUAAUGUCAAAAUAUCUAAAAAUAAGAACACAUUUAUAGAUAUCAAAUUUCACAUGACAAAGCCAACUUACUGCUCUACUUCAUUACUCUAGGUUUUUCUUUGUUUUUUUUAGACUGGUCUUACAGGUCAGUUUUCAAGCUAGAACCACAAAACCUCGCAGGAUAGGAUCAUAGAGCCUAUAUAGAAAUAACGCUGCCGUGCUUUGGGACCAAUCACAUGUACAGUUUUUCCCAUAAGAAAUGAAUGAUGAUAUUUUGAAAAAAAAUCACAAAUCAUGUCCCAAAGGAUCUCCCUUACACUGCCCCUCACAGACUCACAUACAUACUAGCACCUGUAUAUACACACAUAUACACAUAUAGCCACCUGGGAUACCAUAGCAGCAGCCAAGUAACACCUUAGCAACCACCUGUGAAGAUAUCAAUGGCCAAGCUUCACUUCAGCAACCACCUGGGAUUUUUGGUCACAUCUUUGGUCAGGCCAACAUAAAGUUCAUUUAUAAACUUUCCCUUCUAGUUUCAAAUGAUUUUACCCUGUUUUUUUACGCUGUUAUGCCUUGUGCUGUGUAAGCUCAUUUCAGCAUUGUGGCAAUUUGCAGCCUGUCUAAUUUCUAAUAAUAAUGUCUAAUGAUCAGUUAGAACAUAAUCCAGCUCAGUAGCAUUUCAACUUGGAAACAUUAUGUAUAAAAUUUAAACAGCAACCUGAAAUUCAUUAGUUUCAAUGAGGUUUUUGCCAACAUUAGCCAAUUGUAAAGCUUGUCAACAACAAUGAUAAAUAAUAACAAUAAUAACAGUAAUAAAUAACAACAUCUUUAUUUAUAUAUGGUAACUCAAAGUGCUUCACAGACAGAUGUUUAAUAGCAAUAAAAGAAACUAAAACUGAGUUUGAUUUUCUUCUAUCAUUGUUACUAUUCUAUAAAGACGAUAUAAGAAAAUAUAAAUUAAAUAAAUGCAAGCUGAGUUUUCAUUUAAAGCACCCGAGACAAUAAAAGAUCAAAUAAAAAAUCCAAUUAGAAGCUAAAUUAAAGAGAUACAUUUUCAAAUGUUUCUUAGAAGUGUUUGCUAAUAAAAGAUGGAAUUGAGCUUCACAGUUUAACCAUGCAACAGUCGCUAUGAAAGAAUGCGUUAGUGGGCGGAGCACGGAGAGGUCAGUUGUUUACUUAUCAGUAACUGGAUCAUCCCUUUUACUCCACUGCAGGAGCAGUGAUGCUUCUCUUGGCAGGCCACAGUGUCGCUCACACACAUCAGAACUUGAAGGAAAGUGGUGAUGUGAUUGUGGUUGACAGAUGAUGCCGGAGAGCUGGUGAAACUGGCGGGAGGGAGAGGGGGAGAGAGAGAGAGGGGACGAGAGAGAGAGAGAGAGAGAGAGAGAGAGAGAGAGAGAGAGAGACAGAUAAAAGCACACAGACCUCUGUUUGCACCUCUUAAGUUCUAUUAAAUCGAUGCACUUUUCAUGUGUUUUUAUAAAAUGUUUUCUAUCUUUCUGGCAAACAAUCUUGUGUGCCAGAAUGCAAACCUUUAUGCCAUUGUUGGGACACUCAAGGAAAAGACUGAAGAAAGAAUGUAAGAAUGAAGACAUAUCAGGAGAAAUUAUUCUAUACAAUUAAAAAAUCAUUUACCGAAGAAAAGGAAAGAAACUAGGAAUUUAAACCUGUUGACAAUCGAGGAGGGUGCAGAGGAGAGAAGGACUUACUGGGAAAGGAGUGCCGGAUGCUACAUGAAAUGAGUUACCUGAGCAAGGCAAGCAGACUGUUCACAUGUGCAUUAAUGACUACAUAUAUUUUACAGCGCAUUACAUUCAUACAUUUGUUCUGUGAGAAAAGUAGCUACUAAUGUUGAGCCAUAUUUUUUAACAUUCCUCAUUCCUCCCUCAACUUCAACUGAGUAAGACACACAGCUACCUCUGGAACUGCUUUUUUUUGUCAGUUUGGAGGUCUGUCUCCAACUGUUUGUUUUUCCAUAAUCUGGUGUGGGUUUUUAAUAUCAUUUAACAUAAUUCAUAGAACGCUGAAUAAUUGCCAUAAUUGCUAUGGUUUCAGGUUGCAUUAACAGCACACACUCUCUGGUGGAUCUGUGGUCAGCACAAUGCUCCGAUUGGUCAUGUGUUACUGAAAUGUCUGACCAGCUGGGGCAGCGCAAUGAGCCAGAGAACAGUCUUUAGCAUGUACAGUCACAUACCACAACUGAGUAUUAAACACUAUUUUCUACAGUGUUCCAAAUAAAAUUCAAUGACCUUC